AUGGCCUCAAAAUCGCCCACCUGGACGCGUCUCUACUCGUCGCCCGCAUCACCCCAGAAGGAGGAGGGAAAAGACCCCAAAGCAGCGAAGAAGCCGAUUCCGGAGCCGCGGCCGAGUUCUUCCAUUGUGCUGCUGUCCCCCACUAACGAGGUCUUGCUGCUGCAUCGGGUCAAGACUUCGACUUCGUUUGCUUCGGCGCAUGUGUUUCCUGGAGGGAAUUUGGAUGCUUUUCACGAUGGCGAGAUUCCGGCUCCCGGGGCGGAGGAUCGGCAUGUUGAUGGCCCGGCGUAUAGGCUAGGUGCUAUUCGGGAGUGCUUUGAGGAGACGGGCAUUUUACUUGCUAAUAAGGAUGGUCGGUUGGUUGAUUUGCCGCAGCAGGAGAGGGAUGAGGCGAGGAAGAAGAUUCAUGGGAGUCAGAUCAAGUUUGCGGAUUAUCUGAAGUCAAUUGGCGCAGAGCCCGACCUAGAUGGGCUCGUACCUUUUACAAGGUGGGUGACUCCAGUAGGAGUCCCAAAGCGCUUCACCACUCAGAUGUAUCUGUAUUUAAUCCCCAUCUCACGCACCGGCGUGCCAUCUGAAAUGCUGGUCCCAACGCCCGAUGGUGGAGUCGAGCAUACUGAAGCUUUAUUCGCUCCUCCGCAGACGUUCCUUUCGCGCGUCGCUGCUAACAAGAUGAUCCUAUUCCCACCCCAAUACUACAUUCUCUCGCUUCUCACAAAGUUCCUCAAAGGUCCUACGGCAUCGGUAGAAGAGGGACCAGUGUACUAUACGAAGCAGCGCAGAGCGCUACUCAAGUUUUUGAGAUCGACUCCCACGGCGGACACGGAUAAGGGUAAAGCGCACGUUACGUCGAACAUCUCGUGGGCUGAUAAGGUGAUGAGCCCAUACCACUUGUUUGUCAGGAAGAGCGAUAAGAGGGUUGUCUUGGGCCUGGAAAAGCCGGGUCUUGAGCUCAAAGAUUCGGAUAGGGGAGGUGAUUGGGAGAGAGUUGUGUUGGUGAGCUUUGGCAAAGCUGGGCCUUCUCAGGUGGAAGUUCGCUUGAGAGAGGACGUUUUGAGGGAAGAAAAAGAGGCUUCACCCGAAGGGUCAAAGCUGUGA